CAUAUAUCAACUUUCAACGUCUCGUAUAACAUGGCAAUUAUAAACAAAAUAUCACUCUUUUUCCUCUUUUGCUAUAUUGGCUUUCUUUCUUCCGCGGCUGAAGCUGCUCUUAAAAAGUAUCAAUUCGAUAUUCAAGUGAAGAAUGUGAGCAGGUUGUGCCAUGCCAAACCAAUAGUCACCGUAAAUGGAAUGUUCCCAGGACCAACGAUUUAUGUGAGAGAAGGAGAUAGACUUCUUAUCAAUGUCACCAACUACGCUCAAUAUAACAUGUCCAUCCAUUGGCAUGGGUUGAAACAAUUUCGAAAUGGUUGGGCGGAUGGACCAGCAUACAUUACGCAAUGUCCAAUUCAGACAGGCCAUAGCUAUAAGUAUGAUAUUAAUGUCACGGAUCAGCGUGGAACGUUAUGGUGGCACGCACAUAUUUUGUGGCUUAGGGCCACGGUUUAUGGUGCCAUUGUCAUCAUGCCUAAAGAAGGAUCCUCAUUUCCUUUCCCUCAACCUUACCAAGAAGCCAAUCUCAUCUUAGGAGAAUGGUGGAAUUCAGACGUUGAAACGCUUGUUAACCAAGCAAAUAAGUUGGGGUUGCCACCACCAUCAUCGGAUGCUCAUACCAUCAAUGGGAAACCAGGCCCUCUCUUCCCAUGCUCAGAGAAACAUACGUUUGCCAUGGAAGUUGAGAGAGGAAAAACUCACCUCCUUAGAAUCAUCAACGCUGCACUGAAUGACGACCUUUUCUUCGCCAUUGCCGGCCACAACAUGACUGUGGUGGAGAUUGAUGCCGUUUACACUAAGCCAUUCACAACACAAGUCAUACUAAUCGCGCCGGGCCAAACGACAAAUGUGCUUGUCAACGCCGACCAGCCUCCAAACAGAUACUUCAUGGCUGCUAGACCUUUUAUGGACGCGCCGAUUCCGGUCGACAACAAGACCGUCACGGCCAUUCUUCAAUACAAAGGCGUUCCAAACACUGUCGUUCCGAUCUUACCCCGAUUGCCUGCUCCAAACGACACCAAAUUUGCCCUAAACUACAACGGCCAACUCAAGAGCUUGAACACCCCCCAAUUCCCGGCAAAAGUCCCUCUCAAGAUCGACCGCCGCCUUUUCUACACCAUCGGUUUGGGGCAAAACCCUUGCCCAACAUGCCUAAAUGGGACGCAGUUGACAGCUUCACUGAACAACAUCACCUUUGUGAUGCCUAGGGUUGGCCUUUUGCAGGCUCAUUACUUCAACCUUUCGGCGGUUUUCGCGAUGGAUUUCCCCGACAGGCCUCCGGUGCCGUUCAACUACACAGGAGCGCCGCUCGCCGCCAACCUCGGGACUAAGCUGGGGACAAGGCUUAGUAAGGUGGCGUACAAUUCAAGCGUUGAGUUGGUUUUGCAAGACACCAAUCUUUUGACGGUUGAGUCCCAUCCUUUUCACCUUCACGGGUUCAACUUCUUUGUUGUUGGGAGUGGAAUUGGGAACUUUGAUCCCGCCAAAGACCCUGCCAAGUUUAACUUGGUUGAUCCUCCUGAGAGAAACACUGUUGGUGUUCCUACUGGAGGAUGGACCGCCAUAAGGUUCAGAGCAGAUAAUCCUGGUGUAUGGUUCAUGCAUUGUCACCUUGAGCUACAUACAAUGUGGGGUUUAAAAAUGGCUUUUGUGGUUGAGAAUGGAAAGUCGCCGAGUGAAUCUAUUUUACCACCACCCAAAGAUCUUCCACCGUGCUAGAGACAACCAUUUAAUUAACACAAGGAACCAUUCUUUCUUGAUCGUGGAGCUACAUUUUCCUCUAAAAUACCCCUUUUUCUGAAGUUAUUAAUUGUUUAUAAUUUGAUUGAUUAACUUUUUUUUUACAUGUAAUGUUUCUCGUGAUUCUUUAUGAACAACUCUUCAUAAUUGUAACAU